AUGCCUUGUUGCGCCCCAGUGCUAGAUCGCGAAGAACCCAAAAGGCACCUGCACCCGAUUGCUCGUGCCUCAAAGAUUGCUAUUCCCGGAAUGAAUCACGAUGUCUCUGCACAUCUUCGGGGUAUCCCUCCCUCACACAAAGUAUGGUACUUGUGGGACAUGGCAAAGCUCAAGGCCCAAGACCAGACCUCGCCUAUGACCAUUGCCGGACUAGGAUCAGCGGCAAACUAA